AUGUGCUGGGAAAAACAAAUAAUCUACACAGACUGCCACCACAGCGUCUUUGAAGACAUAGACUGCGCAGACCACAAAUCCCGAAAACUCAACUACGCGUCAAGCUUCACGUCCUCCUCCGUCAACUCGGUUCGGAACCACAACAGAGCACGACAAAAACGCAAAAACCCUUCCUGGAUAUUCCUCCUCUGCCCAUGCUUCUUCGCCUGCCCCUCCACACCACCACCACCACCACCACAAGCUCACGAAUCGUUCACAUCCAGCACCUGCCGCGGAAGAAAACGCUGCCUGAGCCCCGUAGGCGGAAAGUGUCCCCGCUGCGUCCAAGAAAAGGCCGUCGCGGCGAUGCAGGCCGUUCCGUCGACGCCGGCGCCGAGCAGGACGCGGCAGCACCACCAGCAUCAGCAGCAGGAGAGGCGUCCGGACUUGAGAGGUACUGGGAGAAAUCUCCAACCUCACCGUGGUUUAAUAAGCGAUUUCACGAGGCCCGCGAGGGGGAAACCUCCCAGCAGCAUCGUCGAGGAGAGAACCAAGGGGCCCAUCAACCCUACCAUCGACAGCAGCAGCAGCAGCAGCAGCAGCAGCCGCAAGAACAGCGGAUACCGUGGUCCUACAUCCCAUCCUCCCACCCAGCCCUCGCCAAUACCCUCAUACGUCCGUGAAUCCACGUUCCACCUCCUCCCCACGCCCCUGAAAAUCAAGAAGAAAACGACCAAACAAGCGACAUCUCCCCGCGCGGUGGAAGGGACGGCCGAAGGAACCGGAGGGCUAACCCGUAGUACCGCGCACGCAAGCCGUCCUCUACUACAAGUGAACGCCACCCACGAGAAAGGAGAAGCACGGAGUAGCCGGGAUCAGCAGCAGGUGGACCACCACCACCGCGCAGUAGUCAGCAGCAGCCCGGAGCCACGCAUCGAAGGAGCGGGAUGGACCCCCGAGUUGCCACUGGAGGAGCUGAUGGACGAGGUCGAGAUGCUGUGGCGAAGGGUCUCUAAUUAG